AAAUCAUGGAGGUUUUUCUCUUGUUUACUUAAAGGGAGGUGCCCUCUGUGAUGAGACUAAUUGUUCUUUAGUGUUUGGCUUACCGACACCAAGAAGUUCGAGUUCAUAUUUUCGCCAACGGCUGUUCCGGCACAGGAGACCACAUACAUGUGCAUGAACAUCAAACUUCCGGUUGACACGGUGUAUCACAUGAUCGCCUUUGAACCAAUCAUCGACAACAUUGAAAUCAUGCAUCACAUACUCGUCUGUGGUUGUCCGGACCUUGUAGAAACCACACCUGGCCCGCUGAAUCAACAGUGGUCAUGUAUUGUAGCCACAAUAUCUUUGGCGAAUACCCGGCUAGUCAGGGAAGUCAAUGAUAACAGAGUUGAUAUGGAACGGCACCAGGGUCCAGUAUCUGACGAUGUCUUCAACUACAACGUUUCAACAAUCCACAGGAGUUAUCGGCAGCUUCAAUCCAGUGUUGGCUGGUGACAGCAUGCCUACAAUGGCCUCCAUGUCACAGCCAGUCCAGUCUGCGACCACAAAUGGCAUGCAGGUCCAGGAGGCGAAGUUUUACAAGGGAGACCAGCAAGACAGCGUUAUCGACGUGAGUAACCACCCCAACAGUGACGGCUCCUCAACACGCAGCUCUCCCCACAUGGAGAACCAAGCUGGAGAGAAUCAGUGGGAAGGGAAUAUUAGAGGACUCUUAGGCGGAUAGUACUAAACCACAGGCAAG